CGUGAAGCGUAACCAGAAGCAGGGAGGACAAAGACGCACAUAGCAGGGACAGACUGCAGCAGAGACUCAACUUCUACUAACUUUUUCGGGGUGGAAAAAAAGAGAGAAAACUUUGGAUGGAUGUUUUUUUUUUUAAAGUAGCAGCCGCUCUGUGAAGAGUUGAAACCAGAACGAUGCGUUUAAGUGUGGGCUCUGGUUAACCUCGGACAGUCUGUGCGCAAACAGGACGGAGAGUUUGAGUUGGACACGCUUCCAGAGAUGACUCUCUCGGUGGGUUUUCCUGAGUCAGAUUCUGAUUUCCGUUCGAGGGGAACUUUGUGAAACUGCCGGAGGAUCUCGUGUGAGAGCUCCAGUCGGAAGGUGUUUUACGCAUUUGGAUUCGUCCCCUUCCUUAAAUGUUCUCAUCACCGACUUAAAACCGAAACUUUUUUUUUUUUUUUGAACCAAGAAGAAGCAUGAGAUGUCGGUGCGGCGGCGCGCUGGCACUCCUCCUCCCCUGGCUGCUGCUGAGAAGCCUGGACGCCCAGCUCAUCUGCUGGCAGGCGCUCUUUCGGUGCCACGGCGAGCCCGAGUGCGAGCUCGCCUACAGCCAGUACCUGACGGCGUGCGAGGGCAACCUCCGCGGGACCAGGAGGCAGUGCCCGAGCCACUGCAUCAACGCGCUCAUCCGCCUGAACGGCACGCGCAGCGGGCCCGACCUGGAGACGUGCGACUGCGCCAAGGACGCGGACUGCCACAGCGCCAAGCGCGCCAUCGAGCCGUGCCUGCCCCGCAGACACCCGAGCGACGCCGGCGGCAUCGGCUGCAUGGAGGCCCGCCAGCGCUGCGAGGAGGACAGCGGGUGCCACGCCUCCCUCGCGGCCUACUUGUCACACUGCGGGCAGCUGUUCAACGGCAGGAAGUGCUCGGCCAAAUGUAAAGCCACCAUCCAGCAGAUGCUGUUCAUCCCCAACGGCAUGCUGCUGAACCGCUGCGUCUGCGACGGGGAGGAGAGGCCCUUCUGUGAAGUGGUCAAGGAGAACAUGAGCAGACUCUGCUCCAUAGGGGACCACAGCGUCUCGGACCAGCCUGAGGUCGAUGACCAUUAUGAGGAUGAGGACUAUGAUCCCAGAAGUGGCAGGGAGGAGGGUUACCCCGAUAGUUCCUCUGAUCCCCACAGGUUAUCCAGCUGCCUGGUGCUCCUGUUCCUCAGAACAUUAUUCUGACAUCAUGGGGACCUUUGACCUUUGGUGGAGCUUUCUCUCUCUCUCCAUUCUUUGACAGUGCAGCCAUAAGUUGUUUAGUGCUAGAAUCUGGACUCAAACUUUUCUCAUUGCUGGGCCAGGGCAUUCUCAGUUGGAGGUGGUUUGUGCUGACAGACUCUCCACACACAUGCUCAGUCUUUUCUCCAGGAAUCCACAGAGGCAAGCUUUUUUCCCCCCACAGAGAAACCCUCCUGUUGUCAAAAGACAAACAUAAAAUCUUCUCAGAUGACAGGAAGUGACCUGAACUAGACUCUGUGCACAUUCUGUGUGUCUGCUCCUGUUUAUUUGGUUUGGUGUCAGUGCUACUUAAAAAGUGUGGCCUUUUAUUAAGACUUUGGGCAAACAUUGGACUCAUCCAGCCACUGUUUGCUCUGCUCUCCAUUUCAGAGGCCUCGGCAUUGUUGCCCUAACCACACUUCAAAUAUUUGUGGGAAAACAGUGCCGAGGACAGGCGAGGGUGUGGGAUGGAGUACUUAAAAUGAACUGAAGCGCCUCUUUCUAGCACUCUGUUCAGGUCCCCUCCCCCCACCGGGGACUGUUUUAUUGAACUUUUCCUGAGACCACCUCCCCAAUCCCAGCCCCUCUCUUCCUCCUCUGUACAGCCUGCUCCCCAUUCGCCUUUACAAGACCCCUGGCUUUAUGAUUGCUUUCACACUUGCCACAACACUUCAGCUGCUGGUAUGGACGCAUCAACAUUUCAUACCAGCGGUCUGAUUUCUUGUGUCAAAACCCAUUUUGUGAAGAAGAAAAGGAGCUCGUUUGCCUUAGAACGUGUGCCUUGAAGUCUUUUAUUGUGUGUUUUCAUGUGAAGGUGCUAAUGUUCCUCGUUUGAAUGUCUGCGUCAAGUUUACUGUUUCAAACCAGCGUCCCUCCAUUAGCUGUUCAGCAAAAAAAGAAAAAAAAGUAUUUACCACUUGAAAUGAAGUCUUGAAUAAAUCUGUUUAAUGUUAAGUUAUGAAGCUAUAGGAUAUGAAGAAUGUGUGUGUGUUUUACAAUCAUAUGCAGUGAAAUAAAUAAGUGUUAUCAUGUAGAUCAGAUUCGGUUCACAAAACCCAGCCAUGAUUUUCCUGUUUUGGUGUUUUUGUAGAAAAAUAGCAGCAGCUACAUUCCAGAGAGUCUUCAACGUGGAACUAUGAAGUUUUACAAUAAAAUACUUAUAAAAUAA